AUGAUGCGGAUUUUGUGCUGGAGUGAAGUGAUUGCCGCGGUGGCUGCGGUCGCUGAUGCUGCGAGCUUGCAGGAUGUGUGCACACCAUCCUAUGUACAGGCCUCACUGCCGUCAUCUGACUCCUUCACCGGCAUUACCAUUGAUUCAUCUUCAGUAGUUGUCAAUGCUGUGACUGCUUCCGAAGUCACGAAGGAAUCCAUGUACCCAGAUGCUGUCUUCGACUAUUGCAAUGUCUCGUUCGCCUACUCUCACGACGGCAGAAACGACCAGGUUCUCCUCUGGUACUGGCUGCCUACCCCAAACAACUUCAAGAACCGCUUUCUCUCCACAGGAGGUGGGGGGUACGCCAUCAAUUCGGGCAACGGAUCCCUCCCAGGAGGUAUUAUUUACGGAGCGGCCGCUGGUGCCACGGAUGGAGGUUUCGGAAGCUUCGGUACGAAUGCUGACCAAGUCAUUCUGCUGGCGAAUGGCACAAUCAACAGGGAUACUCUAUACAUGUUCGGCUAUGAAGGCAUCCACGAGAUGACCCUUAUUGGGAAACAGCUGACCAAGAACUUCUUCAACAUGUCUACAUCCAAGUUGUAUGCUUAUUACCAAGGCUGCUCGGAAGGGGGCCGUGAAGGUUGGAGUCAGAUUCAGCGGUUCGCGGACCAAUGGGACGGUGCUGUGACCGGCGCCCCGGCCUUUCGAUAUGGCCAGCAACAAGUCCAGCAUCUCUACUCGGGAGUAGUCGAGCAGACUCUGAACUAUUUCCCACCCCCGUGCGAAUUGCAGAAAAUCGCCAACGAGACCAUUGUAGCAUGUGACCAUUUGGACGGCAAGACUGACGGCGUCGUUGCGCGUACCGACCUUUGUAUGCUGCACUUCAACAUUAAUACUACAAUUGGCUUGCCAUAUUAUUGCCCAGCUACUCAACCAGGAAACAUUUUCCCUCCGGCUCCAGCUACACCCGUGCAGAAUGGAACUGUCACAGCGCAAGGCGUGGCCGUGGCUCAGGCCAUUCUCGACGGGCUUCAUGAUUCUCAAAACCGACGUGCUUACUUCUCGUAUCAGCCCGCUGCUACAUUUGCCGACGCUCAGACAGCGUACGACAACACAACAAGCUCCUGGGGGCCGUACAUAUCAUCUCUAGGUGGCGAAUGGGUUGAGAAGUUCCUCAACCUCCAAAACGGUACGAAUCUACCUAGUCUUGACAAUGUCACCUACGACACGCUCACGGCAUGGAUGAUUGAGGGAUGGCAGCGGUAUGAAGACGUCUUGCAGACCACGUGGCCGGAUCUGACGCCCUUUCAAGAGGCUGGUGGCAAAGUCAUCCACUACCACGGCGAGUCAGACAACAGCAUUCCAACAGCAUCUUCCGUCCGAUACUGGGAAUCGGUUCGGAGGGUCAUGUACCCCGGUCAAACCUACAACGAGAGUGCUGCGUCUUUGAAUGGGUGGUACCGCCUGUUCCUCGUCCCAGGAGCGGCUCAUUGUUCACCUAACACGCUACAACCGAAUGGGCCAUUUCCUCAGACCAAUCUGGCAGUGUUGAUAGAAUGGGUUGAGCAUGGCACCGUGCCUACGACCCUGAAUGCCACGUACCUUGCGGGCGAGAAUCUCGGACAGAAUGCCCAGAUAUGCGCCUGGCCACUGAGGCCCAUCUGGUCGAACAAUGGGACGACCAUGGAGUGUCAGUACGAUCAAGCUUCCAUCGACACGUGGCAUUACAAUAUGGAUGCGUACAAGCUGCCCCUGUACUAG